CAGAAAUGCUCUCCCUAGUUAAGAAAAUAUUUCCUACACUACUGCACAAUGUUUUUUAAAUAAGAAAGUUCACUUUCUUUUAGAAUAGGCUUUUGUUCUUUUUUCCUGCAAAAAUGUCAGUUUCUGGAAAGAAAGAGUUUGAUGUGAAACAGAUCCUGAGGCUACGCUGGAGGUGGUUCAGUCACCCCUCUCAAGGUUCCACAGGCACUGGAGGCUGCCUUCAGGAAGGAUAUGAGCAUAGAGGGACACCGGUUCAGAAUAGGUUGAAGAGCCACUCUCGGGACAGAAAUGGGCUAAAGAAAAACAGUCCUGUUCACCACAAUAUACUGGCACCAGUGCCAGGUCCAACCCCUGUGCACCACCGAUCUGUUCAAACCUGGCAUCAACAAAACCUCAUAGAACAGCUGCGAGCAAAUGAGGAUAUUCCCAAAGCAAGCACAGAGGAAAAUUGUGUUAAAGAAGAUUCAAGUAAAAAUAUACAGGAGUUGCAGAUGAUCACAGACGAAAAUACAGAUGAAUCCACUGAGAGAUUAUCAAUAACUAGCUAUUCACCCACUGGAAUGAACACCAAUGGCUCAGAUGAAUACUUCCAAUCCACAAAUCAUGCAGAGCAGACAUUCCGCAAGAUGGAGAACUAUCUCCAGCAGAAGCAGCUGUGUGAUGUUCUUCUCAUUGCCGGAAAUUACAAGAUUCCAGCUCACAGAUUGGUUCUUAGUGCCGUAUCUGAUUAUUUUGCUGCAAUGUUUACUAAUGAUGUGCGUGAAGCGAAAGAAGAGGAGAUCAAAAUGGAAGGAGUGGACCCAGAUGCACUGAAAGCUUUGGUGCACUAUGCCUAUACAGGUGUUUUAGAGUUAAAGGAAGACACUAUAGAAAGUUUGCUGGCUGCAGCUUGUCUUCUCCAGCUGUCUCAAGUCACUGAAGUGUGUUGCAACUUUCUUAUGAAACAGCUCCAUCCUUCAAACUGCUUAGGGAUUCGAUCCUUUGGAGACGCGCAGGGUUGCAUGGAACUCUUGAAAGUGGCGCAUCUGUACACUAUGGAACACUUCACAGAAGUGAUAAAGAAUCAGGAAUUUCUUUUGCUUCCUGCUAGUGAAAUAGCAAAACUCCUGUCUAGUGAUGACAUCAAUGUACCAGAUGAAGAAGCCAUAUUCCAGGCUUUAAUGAUGUGGGUGAGACAUGAUUUGCAAAACAGGCAACGAGACUUAGGAAUGCUCCUCUCUUACAUUAGACUGCCACUACUCCCACCACAGUUACUAGCAGAUCUUGAAAAUAGCCCAAUGUUCACGCAUGACCUUGAGUGUCAGAAACUUCUUAUGGAAGCUAUGAAGUAUCAUCUCCUACCAGAAAGAAGGUCCAUGAUGCAGAGUCCUCGAACUAAACCUAGGAAGUCUACAGUGGGUGCACUUUAUGCUGUGGGAGGCAUGGAUGCUACUAAAGGCACCACUACAAUUGAGAAAUAUGACCUUAGGACAAACAGUUGGAUACAAAUUGGUACCAUGAAUGGUAGACGAUUGCAGUUUGGAGUAGCAGUAAUUGAUAACAAGCUCUAUAUUGUGGGAGGAAGAGAUGGCCUGAAAACCUCUAAUACAGUUGAAUGUUUCAAUCCAGCUACCAAAGUUUGGACUAUAAUGCCUGCUAUGUCAACUCACAGACACGGCUUAGGCGUAGCAAUGCUUGAAGGACCAAUGUAUGCUGUUGGCGGUCAUGAUGGAUGGAGUUAUCUUAAUACAGUAGAAAGAUGGGACCCCCAGGCACGGCAAUGGAAUUAUGUUGCUAGCAUGUCAACUCCUAGAAGCACAGUGGGGGUUGCAGCAUUAAAUAGCAAAUUAUAUGCAGUUGGUGGACGGGACGGCAGCUCCUGCUUAAAAUCCAUGGAAUGCUUUGAUCCUCAUACUAACAAAUGGAGUAUGUGUGCUGCAAUGUCUAAGAGGCGAGGCGGUGUUGGAGUUGCAACGUACAAUGGAUUUUUAUAUGCAGUGGGAGGUCAUGAUGCACCAGCUUCCAACCACUGUUCUAGACUUUCUGAUUGUGUGGAAAGAUAUGAUCCUAAAACUGACACCUGGACAACAGUGGCACCUUUAAGUGUACCACGUGAUGCUGUUGGCGUUUGUCCUCUUGGGGACAGAUUAUAUGCAAUAGGAGGCUAUGAUGGACACAGUUACCUGGACACUGUGGAGUCAUACGAUGCACAAAAUAAUGAAUGGACAGAGGAAGUCCCUGUCAAUAUUGGAAGAGCUGGAGCUUGUGUUGUUGUGGUGAAAUUGCCAUGAUGGAUGUCCCUGGUGUGAAAUAAACCCUGAGUACAGUUCCAUAAAAACCAUGUGACAGGAGGAGAAGAAACAAGUUCCAGAACAUAAUACAAACUACAUACCGUAUAUACUCAUUCAUAAUCUAAAUAUUUCUGGUAAAAAAAAGGGACGCAUCAAGGAAAAACCGGUCUACCACAAAAUUUGAUGAUUUUGAACUCUGUGAAAUCACUGAAUUGAAUAUCAAAUACAUUGUUGUUGUUUAGUUUACCUGGAGUGUCUGCAGGCCACAAGGAGCUGAGGGGCUCCAUGCCUGCAGAUGCUCUAAGUAAACAAAACAUCCAGCCAGCGGCUUACCUUGCCGAUAUAUUUAUGUCAAUACUGCAGUCUUUUAAAAUUGCAAAGGCUUUGUUUAGUGGACUGGUUGGCUUGAAAGGAAUACUAAAAGAGCAGUACUGCAGAUUUGCAUGACAUUUGACCCAUGCAUUUCACAAAAUGCUAUGCCUUACAAGCAAUCAGAAAAAUACAAUGAAUGAUAAUACUAUAGCACUAGCGUCAGUCCGCUACUGUGUAAUUUGAUCUCUUCAUGCAUUUCUCCAAUGGACCUCUUGGAGUGUUUGCAGGCAUGGAGCCCCUCAGCUCCCAG